AUGGACGAUAUGGUCGAUCGUUGUGUAGCAAGAAAACUAUCAUCCGAAGAAGUAAAGAGCUGGACUGGCCCGGUGUUCUAUAUCUCCCAUUUAGCAGUUGUAAACCCGCAUUCCAAUUCUACGCCCGUGAGAAUUGUGUUCAACUCCAGCCAAACGCACAAAGGUGUUUCAUUAAAUGCUUGUCUCGCAAAAGGUCCAGACAGCUACAUGAACAACUUGGUUGGUAUUCUUCUACGUUGGAGAGAAGAAAGAGUAGCGCUAGUCGGAGAUAUUCGAAAGAUGUUCAACUCGGUUUAUUUGAAGGCCUUGGAACAGCAUUUCCACCGUUUCCUAUGGCGAGAUUUACAGCAGCAUCGCCCACCGGACAUUUACGUUAUACAACGAGUCAAUAUGGGCGAUACACCAGCCCCCGUCAUCAGCACAGAAGCUGUCUACAAGACCGCGGAGUUGUAUCGAGAGGAUAAUCUCCUAAAACAUUCCAGUUACAUGGAUGAUUUGAUUGACUCACGUCCAAGUAAACCCGACGCGUUAAAGAUUGCCAAGGAAGCCGAGGAUAUCCUUGCCAAAGGAGGAUUUGCUGUAAAGUGCUGGCAAUUCAGUGGCGAAACACAACCUCGCGUGAAAGAAGAGUUGUUAAAAUUGGACCUGCCAGAAAAGAGUGUUGAAAGCUCAGACCAAGGACUAAUAAUGUUAAAAGGAACUGAUGAAAACUUACGAGUGCUCGGUCUGGGAUGGAACCAAAAGAAAGAACCACUUCCCGGUGAAAAGAAAGUCCAUGUUGCAGCAGCAUCGAGCAUAGAGGCAUUGUUGAUCGACUAUGAACGAUUCAGCAGUAUCAACAAAGCUAUUUGGGUCGUCGCCAGAUUGCUAAACAUUGCGAAGAAGAAAAGUUUUAAAGGCGGAAGGACUCUGUCCAUCUCGGUUAAGCAAUUACAAGAAGCCGAGAACUUUAUUGUUAAAGAAGUUCAGAAAUCAUUUGAAAGUGAACUGACAAAAACUGACCGCAAAGCCAGAAAAGGUGGUCGUUUCGCUUGUUUGAAUCCAGUCCAAGAUGAAAGUGGACUCUGGGUAGUGGGACAGCGCCUGAAGAACAAAAAUCCCAUGACAGUGGAUUCUUCGCUGCAAAAGCUAUUGCCCUACCGACAUCAUGUUACCAGACUCUUUAUGCAACGAGCUCACACUUCUGGUCAUAGAGGGCGUGAUGCAACCUGA